AUGCCACCCACCCCCAUAACAAUCCUAACCGGCUUCCUCGGGUCCGGCAAAACCACCCUCCUGCUCAACCUCAUCCCUCAACUCCCCCCAACCUACCGCCUCGCCCUCCUAAAAAACGAAUUCGGCGAUGUCGCCAUCGACUCCCAACUCGCCACCACCUCCUCCAUCAGCGGGGUCCGCGAACUCCUCAACGGCUGCAUCUGCUGCAACCUAGUCGGCCAACUCAGCGACGCACUCUUCCAACUCCUAACCACCGUCACCCCCGACCGCAUCGUGAUCGAGACCUCCGGGUCCGCCUUCCCCGCAACCCUAGCCAUGGAAGUGAAUCGGCUGGCGCGCGAACACCCCGGCACAUUUGUGCUCGAUGGCGUGAUUAGUGUGAUUGAUGUGGAGAAUUGGGAGGGGUAUGAGGAUACGAGUUAUACGGCGAAAUUGCAGGCGAAGUAUACGGAUUUGAUUGUGUUUAAUAAGUGGGAGGGGGUCGAGGAGAUGAGGUUUGAGGUGUGUUUGGAUCGCGUGGGCGAUUUGGAGGUUGAGACGCCGUGGGUUAAGUCGGAUAGGGGGCGGGUGGAGAUGGGGGUGCUUUUGGGGAUUGAUGGGGCGUUGGUGGCAAAGGAGGGGGUUUUGGAUGGGAUUGUUGAUGGGGAUGGAUGUGCGGAUGGGCAUGGGCAUGAGCAUGAGCAUGAGCACAAGCAUGGGGAGGAUAGGCAUGGCCAUCAGUCCGAGGUGGAGGUGCUGUCGGUGACGUUAAAGGGUGCUGCGGCGGGUGAGGGCCCGGUAGUGGAUACCACGGCGUUGGUGGAGAAGUUGUUGCGGGCUGCCCCCAAGGAAGAGGUGUAUCGGAUUAAGGGCGUGAUGCGGGGUUUGGCUGCCGAGCCGCCUGCUGCGUCGGAGGAGGAGCAGUCGAUCGUGGGUGCGGAGACGAAUGGCGAUGGCCGUGCGACGAGACACUAUAUCCUGAACUGGGCGUUUGGGCGAUGGACCUUCACACCGUCGGAUGCGGUGGCGGGGACUCUAGAGCCCGGGGUUGCGGCCAGGAUUACUCUCAUUUUGGCCCGGUAUGAGUCUGGCAAGUGGAAGAAGAGGCUGGAGGCCGGGGGCCUGGUUCAGGUUGGAAAGGGCAGUGAGGGGACUGAGUUGGUGGUGGAGAGACUGGUAUAG